GCUCGGCUCCCACCCGAGCACCGGAGACGCUCCCCGCCGCCUGAGACCGCGGAAGGCUGGCCCGUCUCCACCCCUGCCAACACUGACCGCCUUCACAGGUACAGCUCUUUUGGGUCAGAGCAGGCUGACAAAACCCGCGCCGGCACUUAGAUCAGAAACCGGACCCCUCAGGCUCCUCUUCGCGGCGACCCACCGCCCCAGACGACACCCAGGGCUCGGAGCCCCAGCAGCCCCGCCUCCGUUCGCUAGGUUUCAGACUCUGGCGCCAAAAGCCGGCUCUCGGGAUACGUCACGCGAUGACGCCAUUACGCGGCACGCAGCGUGCGCGCCACCCGGAAGUCAGGCCCUGGCGGGGCCGCCGCGGCCGCCAGCUGUGGGCCAAGCCAGUCGGUGAUCAUCUGCUUGACAGUCAGUGCUGAGCUGCUAAAGAGGGAGCUGGGGCGCUCGUUCUCUUCUCCCGAGCCUUCAGAGUACCAUGCCUCGCUGCUUGGAGGGACCACGCCCUGUGUAUACUCCCCCGCCUCCUCCCUCUUCUCUCCGCUCCAUGUCAUGUUUGGGUGGUUACCCUCGGUUGCGGCCUGGGGUCUGUGAAAAGUCUUUAUUUCUGUCCAAAGAAUGGGGUCCCUCAACGUGGGCAGGCGUUAGAAAACCCCAGAGUGGUCCGUGGGUGUGGAUAACUCUCUGCCCAGCUGACUGCUCCGUAUAGAGUGGAAGAGGCUGAGAUUUGAAACCAGAGGACGUUGGUCCUAGUCCGCGUGUUGCUCUUAGGCAGCAGGAUUUCAAAACCUCUAGAGCCUGUUUCCCUGCUUGAAAAAUUGUGAAACCCACCUCAAGUCUUCUGCCCUGUUAGGUACUUCCUUCUGCAGGCUUCCGGUAGCGUCCUUGACAUCCCUAGGGUACCAAGCACCUGUUUUGUGCCUGAUUUCCCCUGCAGACUGCCCUGGAAGCACUCCAGUCAUUUACAGGGUCUGUGAUAUGCCUAGCACAAGGCUUAAUUCAGGUCUAUUGUAGGACUUGAAAGCCUUCAGCUGGAUUCUGGAGGUGAGACUGACUCAUGGGCCUUGCUGCUUCCUGAAGGCUCUUGAGCAGUAAACAGUGGAAGCAACCUUGGAUUUAAAAAAGAGUGGCCUCUACUUGGUACCUGAGGUGUUUCAUCGUGAUAGUUUGAUCAUAAUCCUUUGCUGUAGUAGGAAGCCUUAGCAAUACAGAUAGAUACCAAAGCUUAUGAUCAUCUAGGUCCAAAUAGCAAAGAAACACAGGCCUGUGAUCCUUAUCCAAUAACAGCUACCACUUAAUGAACAUGUAUGGGUUAUUCUGCUUUGUGCUUUAUAAGCAAUAUCACGUUUAAUCUUAUAAUAAUCUUAUAAAUUUGUUAGUAUUGUCAGAUGGGGAAACAAUCAUCUAGUUAAGUAAGUUGCUGGGUAAACAAGGCCCAAGUUUCAGUUCAACUCUGUGUGAUAUCAGAUAUUUAACUAUCCUGUGAUUGUCUGUAUUUAACCUCUAAAUGAGAAGAAUUUGCUUCUUUCCCCCUUUUUUUGGGGGGGGGGUCCUCACUAGAGUGGACUAAUGAGAACUGUUGGCUUGUCAUAAUAUAUUUUUUCACUGCAUACACAGCUCCCCCUCCCCCCAUAACUUUAUGCUCCUUGCUUUUGUGGUACCAGGUUUUUAACAUUCAUUAGCUCUGCCGUAAUAUACUUCCUUCCGUAUACUCACCCUUCUAGUGCGGCAGCUCAAAUAAUUUACUGCUUGUAUUCGAUGUACAGUAUCUUUUAAAACAGGAUCUCUAAAAUGGUAAGUGACUAUGGGAAUAGUGAAUUAAUGCAUUGCUAAUUAAAGCAUGUGUGUGAAUAAGAAGGUAAAUGAAAAACAGCUCUGAAAAAAAGAUUCGGGCUUAGUGAAUUGAAGAGCCAGAGAAAAGCAAUUAGGGAUGAGGCAGCAAUUAGACCUCCAUAGGUAGGGAGAUUGCCUUACCUCCUCCAAUUAAGGUAAUAGGCAGCAGCAACCAUCACAAUCUGAAAUAAAUGAAGAACCUGAACCAACUUGAUCUGGAGAAAGGGGGCGGAUGAGGGUGGAAGGCAAACCGAGGACACAAACAGACUGCCCCAGGAUAUUGCACUGCUUCUGGGUUCAGGGUGGACGGAUGGAGCGCUUCGUCCGUGUUCCCUACAGCUUGUACCCAGGCUAUGGGAACACAAUGCCUUUGAGCCAGCCUGGACUCUCUGAACACAUACAGCCUGACUGGAGGCAAAACAACGGUCCCCCCGCUUUCCUGGCAAGGCCGGGGCUGCUUGUGCCUUCCAACGCCUCCGACUACUGCGUGGGCCCUUACAAGAGGGCCCAGCUUAAGGCCAUUCUCUCCCAGAUGAACCCCAGCUUGAGCCUGCGACUGUGCAAGGCCAACACCAAGGAGGUUGGCGUGCAGGUGAGCCCACGGGUGGACAAGUCCGUGCAGUGCUCGCUGGGGCCUCGCACCUUGCACAGCCGCUCCCCCUGGGGCACCACAGGCCACAAGGUACCCGUGUCAGCCUGGGGAGUCUAUUCACCAGUGAUGGGCCGUAGGGGCCUGGUGCGGCUGCGGAAGGAUGGGGACGGCAAGGAGAGGGGGGCGCUUUCGGGUCCUCCAGAGGCCAGCUUGCAGCAGCUGCCACCACCAACACCACCAAGGUCGGAAGAGGGCCAGCGGGAGGAACUCCAGCAGCGAGAGGAGUUGGGGGAGGAAGAUACCUCGAGUCCACGGGAAAGGAAGAGCAAACAAGCCCAAGGAGACGCCAGCGAGCCGCUCCAGAAGCCCAACUUCCAGUUUUUAGAACCAAAAUAUGGCUAUUUUCACUGUAAAGAUUGUAAGACCAGAUGGGAGAGUGCUUAUGUGUGGUGCAUUUCUGGAACUAAUAAGGUUUAUUUCAAACAACUCUGUUGCAAAUGCCAAAAGAGUUAUAACCCUUACCGAGUAGAAGCGAUCCAAUGCCAGACCUGUUCACAGUCUCGUUGUUCCUGUCCUCAAAAGAAAAGACACAUCGAUCUAAGGAGGCCUCAUCGGCAGGAACUGUGUGGCCGCUGCAAAGACAAGAGAUUCUCCUGUGGCAAUAUUUACAGCUUUAAAUACAUCAUGUGACAGGCAGUAUGCUUUGUACAGGACAUCUGAACUCUUCUUGUAACUUAUAUUUCCUCUACUGCAACUUGGCUCUGACUGGUAUUGGAAAAUGGUUUAGGCUUUUGUACUUUUUGUAGGUUGUAUGACAGUUAUCAAUGUGACUAGAAUAAAAUAAAUGCAUGUAAAAUAGACCAUGAAGGCACAUUAAUUGAUGAUCCUGGGGUAAAACAUCAAUAAAAC